AUGGCUCUUUCCGUCAACUGGAGGCUCGUCUACUUCCUCUCGAUCGGGCUCCGCUUCGUGUUCGCCCUCUCCAACUCCUACAUCCACCCAGAUGAACACUUCCAGUCGCUCGAGGUGCUUUCUGGCCGCAUUUUGGGGUACUCCUCGGCUGUCCCCUGGGAGUUUGGGCAAUCUGCUGCGCGCAGUUUGGCCCCGUUGUACCUCCUAUAUGGUCCUGUGCUCUACUUUGUCAAAUUCACGGGAAUCGACUUGUCUCCCAUGCAGAUUUGGUACGUGCUUCGUCUCCAGAAUAUGAUCAUUGGCUGGAUCAUCACCGACAAAGUGCUCUACGCAGUGUUGCCUACCAAGCCGGAACGCAUCAAGGCAGUCUUCUUCACGCUGACGUCCUACGUGACGUUGGUGUACCAGUCGCAUCUCUUCUCUAACAGUAUCGAGACGUGGGCACUUUUGGUCAGUGUAAUGAUCAUUGACAAUUUGCGCUACAUCUCGGAACUGGACGACGUCCAGCUCCAGCAGGUCGACCAGUCACAGCCGUUGUUCUGGUUGGGUGUGGUGGUAUCGUUGGGUACUUUCAACAGAGUGACUUUCCCAGCGUUUUUGGUGAUUCCAGCCUGGUUUGUGUUGCAGUACCUCUGGGCCCACAAAAAAGCCGUGUUGUACGUUGGCCUGGGCUUUGUGUUGCUGACAGCAGGGUGUAUUCUCUUCGAUACUGUGGCCUUUGGUAAUGAUCCCUGGAGCUACGACUUUGUCGUUGCUCCAUGGAAUAAUCUUGUCUACAACUCCAAUUAUUCCAACUUGGCCCACCACGGCAUCCACCCGCUCUACAACCAUCUCCUAGUGAACCUCCCUCAGAUCGUGGGUCCUGGGCUCUUGUUUGUGGCCUGGAGGCUCAGAAACAAGUACUGGAAGACAUUACCAUUUUUGUCAGGAGCCAGUGGCCUAGUGAUUCUUUCGUUGGUUCCCCACCAGGAAUUGCGAUUCUUGGUGCCUAUUCUCCCACUCGUGUGCUGCUGCUCAACCCCCAGGUCAUCCCUCGUGUCAGGCUUGAUCUACCUCUGGUACGCUUUCAAUACCGUAAUGGCAGUGAUCAUGGGUGUCUAUCACCAGGGAGGUGUUGUUCCUGUUUUGGAUCACUUCCACACUCAGUACAAGUCUGGCCUCCAAAACACCAUUCAGGUAUGGUGGAGAACUUACACUCCUCCAACAUGGAUCUUGGGUGACGACAGAUCGUCCUUACAAAUCGUUUCCGGGUUGAACUACACCAUGGAUGUUUCCAAGUCGAAUUAUGUAUUUGAUACUAUGGGGUCGCCCGUGGAAGAGGUAAAGAAGUUGUUGGGCCAGUUAUCAACGUCUGGGAAAAAGGUUUAUCUCAUUACACCUGUUGCUUCAUUCAAUCUCAACUUCAACCAGCAGUCGUACAACCAAACCUAUUCUUACGACACCCAUUUGGAUAUGGACCAUUUGGACUUCUCAGACUGGCAAUCGUUGACUCCCGGACUAGGAGUUUACGAGCUCCUUUGA